AUGGUCAACGGGACUGCUGCGGUGCUGGAGCCGACGUAUCAUGGCUAUGUUGCGACCACACAAGACGCUUUGAUUCUGUUCGAGGCCUGUCUCACCGGUGUUUUGCAUCAUGUUCCGCGACGGCCUCAUGAUCGAGAGCGUAGCCAUCUGGUACGCAGCGGCAAUGGGGUGACCUGGAGUCCAAGUCGCAUUCUCGGGAACUUCCUCGUCUACCGAGAGCUAGACAAGCCUUUCCCACCAGGUGAGAAGAAACGGGCAAUGAAGAAAGGUACCCGGCGACCUGGUCAGUCAACCCGUCCAGGGGAGCCCUACGCUCGCCCAGAGAGCAAUGGCCAAUCCUACUCCCCUACCACCCCGUCCUCGACGUAUGGCGACCGUCCACAACAAUCGGACGUCGAACGCGCAUUGGUGGGAUCACUCGUCGAUUCCUAUGGCUUCAAAGAUUCAGGGCUAGUGAAGAAGACGAUGAGCGUCACUGUAUCCGGCAUCACACAUCAUCUUGUGUCCUACUAUAGCGUCGAGGAUGUUUUGAAAGGAAUCUUGAGCCCGCCCACCAUGCAUGAAGAGCUGCGUUUCAUUCGGCCCCGCGGCGAGCUGGUUUCCAAACAAAGCUUCCGGGCUCCUAUUGACGAUGUCGACACGGGACUCGAGAACCCUAAUGACCCUACACAAACAAUUUAUGGCUAUCGCCCAACUCUCGUCGCACCGCCAGGCUAUGGGAUGCCCAAUGCCCACUCUGAUUAUUACAUGCAUGGUUCUGCGUAUGGGUCGCAUCCAACUCAAUCCGCCUCGAUUUCAACAUAUCCCAGCGGACCUCUACCUCCUCAAUCAGCCUCAAAUCCCUAUUUACCGUCUCCUGCAUCUUCACAUUUAGGACUCAAGUCGGAAACAGACCACUCCUCAUUCCGCACCAAUGCUUAUGGUACAUCUUUCGAUUCUAUGAGCCAGAAUCACCUGCAUAAUACUUUACCUCCUGCGUUGAACACGGCGGGUCUGCCGAAUGCGUUGGAUCGAAACCGAUCCCAGCAUACCAGCAGCCCAAGCAUCUACAGAAACUCCUCUAUUUCGUCUCGCAGUCUAGCAACGGAUAUUACAUCUCCAGGCGACCCACCCCCAUCUGCUAACUCGUAUUCCCGUGGUAGCUUUGCCUUACCUGGACAUUUGGAUGGCGCCUCGUCACAAUCUCUCGAACAACGAAGCCUUGUUUCCGCAUCAUUUGACCCAACAAUCCCUCGUCGGGAUACAUCAACAAUUCCUUCAUACUAUACCGGCGGCACUGACCGGCAGAGCUACUAUCCUGGAGUCGCUCAUUCUAAUUAUCCAACUGCUCAGCCGAUGUCUGCCUGGACUACGACUGCACCGGCGCAGCCCCAGAUGUGA